ACAGUUAUUUUUUUUUGGUCGGCCACACUGUUCAUUUCAUACCUUUCCUCGCGAAUCUGAGAAUUCGGAAGUUUCGAUCGAUUUUGGGAGGGGGGGUUUAGGGUUUUUCUCUGCUAAUAAUACUCUGAUCAAUGACGCCGCCUCCAGGUCUUUACUCCGGUACCAGCACUCUUGCUCUGGUGGCUCGUGCUUCGGCUUUCGGGCUGGGUCUCAUCUACGGGAACGUCAAGCUCAAGGCUUUGAAGAUUAAGAAGAACUCACAGAUUAAAGCAGAAGCCAAGGCUCAUCACUAAGCACCAAACAUCUUUCUCUUUAUUCAAAAUAAGAAGAUGAAGCCCAAGUGACUCUCCUCUCCAAAUAUUACUUGUUUCUUCGUAAGCUAUAUCUCCCUCUGUGACAUUUUUUUUUCAGCUUUUCUUUUCUCGAAUAACAAAACAUUUUGUCUGGACAACAAUCAUAAUACCAUUUUGGUCUGAAGCCGAGUUUUAUU